GCCGGCGCACACCCGAUAUCUAUGGUAUGCCUGAAUUUGGGCAACCGAUAUCCAUGCUGAAAGUUCCACACUUGUACUGAAAAUACGGUGUGGAAAUCAAGCUGUAAAUCGAAAAAAAAAAUAUCUCCUAAAUAUUCUUCACGAACGCUUUCAACUGCUUAAAAUCGUCCGGAUACGUAAAGAUAAAAAUUUCAUCUGUUUAAUUCCCGGUUUGUUAAUCAAAAAUUUAUUCAUCAGACGUGCAAGGUGAGAAUGACAACAUAAACAAGCACCACGGUAUUCGACUAUCCUCUAUAACAUCUUGGAAGGAUUUAUUGCACAGAGCUCAGGUUGUACCUCAAAAGUUACGAAAUGACAUACGAAAUUAACCGAAAGUUAUUCAUGAAUAUUAUGAAGUUAAAAUAUCAUACUUAUUUGCUUCUGCUGAAGCUAGAAUUUUACUUUGAGUGAAUAAUAAUACAAUGUGAUUCAUUAGAUCAUUACAUAACCACUACGUUUUCUUAUAACACUGCAUUUGAAAUACAGUCAAGACUCUAGUUCAUUGUGUUAGGUUUCGUUUCCAAGUCAAGUUAAAGGAUGGUAAAUUUAGGUUAUAAAAUUGGAAUGUCAUAGAGGUGCUCUGGCGUGAAAUUCAGAAGUAAACAAAUAGGCAAAUACUCACUGCGAUUUACUGUUUUAGUCUUAUGAACCAGUAAACAACAUGGUUCUCCUGAAGUAAGCAGAUAUUAAGGACUGGUGUGGGACAAAACAGAAGACUCGAACGACUACUUCAAGUUGUCAAGCCAAAGAAAGAUAACCCUUUUCUGAAGUAAGCUCUACUCAUCUUUAAGCUCUUAAAGUUGUUACAUAUAGGUUUGCUUCCACACCAUUCAACUACAUUUAGCUAGCUAACCUUAAGUAGUACAAACUGAUUUUAAUGAACGUAGUCUGCUUAAUUUAGUGGUCAUGCUUUAAAUAUGCUGAUGAGAAAAACAAUCAUCCUGUAUGAUUCAAAUAGUUCGAAGUAAUCGUUUCAUUCGAUGGAGUUGACUUGAAUACAAUUUACUCUACAUAUGGACUAAAAGUGAGUUAUAUUUGACAACUGUAAAAGAAAUUGUGGGAAAAUGUUUUAUAUGGCUGAAUAUGUGUCAGAUAAAUCUAUUGAUGUGUCACUCUGUAGUGGUGUUCCCGAUUAUAUCUAAGUGCAAUGCGAAAUUCCUUAUGUGCAUAUACGUAUACCAAUAGUUUCCUGAUGUAAAUCUCUUCAUCUUUAUUUUUUAAAAGUUAUUUGACACAAAAAUGGAGAAGACGAAACAAAAUGUUUGAUAGUUUCUUCAGCCAGCCACCUGCUACAAAAGCCAAGGGACGUGGGGUGCACUUCGCGCCUAGUGUCUUGCGUGGCUCCUCACGUGAAAGCAUAGUUACGAAAGAAAUAUGUGAGGAUGCAUCAAAUGACCUAAAGCAGCUCACAACAUUUAUUAUAACAGAGAUUACAGCAUACGAGAAUAUGAUAGAAGACAUUAAAGGUGAAAUUCAAGAAAAAGAAGAAUAUUUGGUCGAUAUUAAAAAUCGUAUCAAGGCAUUUUAUAAAACAGUUGUAGUCGGUGGAUUUAGUGAACGUUUGAAAACAAUAACAACUAGUUGUUUCAUUCAUCAUAUGGAAUUACGAUCAAAACAGCUAGAUACCUCACUCUUAAGAGCUCUUUCAAGGAAUGCAGAGUUGCGAUUGUUCCUCAAACAAAAGCUUCAUAAACACCAUGUCACAAGAAACUGGAAUGAACCAUUUACUUUGGUGGCAUACAGUCAUAUUUCGUGUGAGCAUAAAGAUUCUGAAGAGACAUUUGGUAAAGUCCUUAUAGAAGCAAAGCAAAAGCGAUACUAUCUUUCAAAGUUGAUGGUUACUCUAAACCAAAUAAAGGCUCAGCUAAACGAAGAGCUUAAGCUAAGGAGCCAACUUCAAAAGAAAAUUAAAGAAAACUUUUUCGCCUCACGAGAUAUUCGAAGUACAAUAAAAGUGGUGAACCAGGAUAACCGUAAACUCGAUAGUGAAAACCAACGAAUGCAGCUAUUUAUCAAGCAAAACAAUAUUCCAUCAGUCAGUGAGCACAUCAAAUCUUACAUUAAUGCUCCUAGAUCGCGACUUCUGAGAAGACGGUCUAUCACUGCAAGAGAUUAUCGACUAUCAGAAUCAUCUGGAUGUGAAAGAUGUUAUGGAUCAGAAACAACUUAACAAAUCGUAUAGAGCUCAAACAGCAUCGAAAAAACAUUUCGUUCAGUAGACCAAGGCAAUCAAGUUCAUCCGAUGUACUGAGAAGUUCGCAGUGACAUAUCAAAUUUCUGAUUUCACGAAAACCAUGUACACAACUCUACAUUUGCACCAGGAUAAAUAAUAUCCCCAAAAAGGAAUCAAACAAGCGGUCAACAGUGCUAAUUAAAUGAAUGAGAUCUUCUAUCUGCUCUUGACACGAUCUAAGAUAACACUUCCGAUUAGUGUGAAGUACCAGAAAAUCAACAGCAGUGUCCAGUAGAGCGAAAAUACUUCAGGACAAUUUGUAUUCGGAAAUCUAAUAUGAACAAAUGGAAAGAGAGACUUAUAACAGAAUCUAUAUUGAUUAAGGUCACGCGGGAUGCAUGUAACAACUCAGCACAACUGUCAACAACCUAGAAUAUACUUCUGGAUACACAAAAAUGAAUGGACAAAAAUGAACUAUAUAUAUGAGUACAAAUCAUAAAUGUGUGAAUUAAAAAACUAGACAAUUCCAACAGUUGGUAUGAACACAGCCAGUAAUUUUGCUAGAAAUAUUACCAAAAAAACAAAAAGUUAUCAUCCUGUGUAAACUAUUGAAAUAUAAUUAUAAUUUAUUUGAUCUAUUCCACAAUCCCCAAACUUUUUACUAACAUUCAUUCUAACUUCUUACUGUACUAUUUGAUUAGUGUACAUAUGUGACUAUCAGUUGGAAUUCAUUCAAACAGUCCAUUCUGUUUCUUGGUAUGCCAGACUGCAUUAAGAUCUGCAGAAAUACGGAUAUUGAUCAUCCCUUUCCUAGGCAAAUAAACUUUUAAGAGGCUCAAUAUACAAACAGCCAGUAUACCCAAUUUGUUAAGUAUGGCUUAUCCAACCAAUGUGUAUGAGAUUUUUAAAGGCCAGUUAUGAUAUUUUGUGAGACACCAGCUGUGCGGAUAAAAGAAGCUGGGUAUAGAGUAAAUAUGUCGUUGAGAGGGAAAUAUGAAUAAAGCUUAGAUAACGAGGAAUACGGAUGAGUGAUGGCGACAAGAGGUCGCAUUACUGCUAUGUCGAUGAUAUGUUGGUAAGUGCUGUAUUCUGGUAGUUCUCUUAAACAGGGUUGGCUCAAAACUGUGAUAGUCAACUGACUAUCCAAAAGCCGUUUUAGCUGAAUUAACCCUAUGCAACAUAAUUUCUAAUAGGAUAAGCGAACU